GUACAACCCCAGCAUUGAAACACCAUGUCAAUCUCAGCUCCUCAGCCUCCUUAUCCUCUCCAUCCCUCUGUGAAGGAUCUCCUGGAUCCUGAAUACGUCUCCUUCUACAAUCAAUAUGUCAUCAACCAGCAGCAAGUUCAUCUCCAGCCCGUCGAAGCCUCCCGGACAAGUGGGGUCUUGAUUCCUGGUGGGGGUCCGCUCCUCGAGGUCGGAAAGACGGAGGAUAUCACCAUCAAGCGAUGUGCGACACAGGGUCCGGAGAUCUGGGUACGCGCAUACACGCCAGCUGGGGAAACACCAGAGGGAGGUUGGCCAGUAAUGCUGUAUUUCCACGGAGGUGGAUGGGUACUGGGGAAUAUCAACACGGAGAACCCGGUGUGUACAAAUCUAUGUGUGAGGGGGAAUUGCGUCGUCGUUACGGUCGAUUAUAGGCUCGCCCCAGAAAACCCCUUCCCCGCAGCUGUUCAUGAUUGUUGGGAAGCGCUUCUCUGGUUGAUUUCUGACGGACCAUCUCGCCUCUCUAUUAGCACUACCAAAAUGGCGACCGGUGGCUCCUCGGCGGGGGGCAAUCUAGCAACAAUCAUUACUCACAAAGCCCUAACACUCUCACCACCUGUCCACUUCCUUGCUCAGCUGCUUUCCGUCCCGGUGACUGAUAAUACAGCGACGGUGGAAAACAAUGAAUCCUACAGAUUAUACGAACACACGCCGGCCCUCCCAGCUGCUAAGAUGAUCUGGUACCGCGAUCACUAUCUGCCGAAUCAUGCGGACCGUACAAAUCCCGAGGCAAGCCCCUUGUUCUACAAUGGCGAUUGGUCGAAGCUGCCAAGGGCACUAGUCAUGGUUGGCGAGUUGGAUGUGCUUCGGACGGAGGGAGAGCAGUAUGCUGAGAAACUGAAGAAAGCUGGAGUGAAGGUUGAUUUGCAGGUCAUGAAGGGCAUGCCGCAUCCCUUUUUGGCGAUGGACAAGGCAUUGAAGGAGGGGAAAAGGUCCAUUACGUUGAUGUGUGAUCUGUUGGCGGAGGUGUUUUGGUCCUAGUCAUACUUCAUAGAGUCGUUAUCAUUAUAUAUAUUGGCUAACAUAUUCGCAAUUUAUAUAGAUGACAUACGCAAAACGUUCACCAGCA